AUGUUGAAUCAUGACUUCAAGCGAAGAGCCGAGGGCUACGGAGCCCCUGUUAACGCUUUUGAUGUACAGAAAUUCUCUGAGCGUGAAUGGCCAACGUUCCCGCAGAUCGAGUGGCCUCCUGAGGGGUUGACAGAUUUGGGUUUAACCUAUCAGGUCCAGGCUGUAAUUUUUGGAAACCCCUGGCACCCGGAGGCUGAGAGGAAGACCCUUGUCCUCCCACCUCCGCCGGAGGACCCCAUCCUGGCAGAGCCACCCCCGUAUCUGUCAGCCUUGAUGGUGGCUCCCCCUGAAGAUCCUCUGAGUCCAUCUCAUACCCGCAGUGGGGCAAAGUACCAACCCCCACAUUCAGCCCCCUCUCCGGACUCCUCUGGAGCCCCGAUGUUGCCUUUGCGCCAGGUGGCCGCCCCCAACGGGAAGGAACAGCCUUUUAUGGUUUACGUCCCUUUUUCGACCAGUGACCUCUACAACUGGAAGAAUCAGAAUCCCUCUUUCUCUCAGAAUCUACAGGGAUUAAUCUCCCUCUUGGAGUCUGUCUUUUUCACCCACCAGCUCCUCCAGACUCUUUUCACCUCAGAGGAGAGAGAGCGAGUCAGGUUGGAGGGAAGGAAAUUGGUUCUUGGCCCCCACGGCCAACCGUCUUCAGAGUCAGCACGGCUCAAGGCUAUCUUCCCACUCUCCCGCCCCUCCUGGGACCCCAACAUGGAGCGAGGUAAGGAGGCUCUCAAUUGGUAUCGCCAGACUCUGCUGAGGGGAAUCCGAGCUGCUGCGCAGAAACCCACCAAUUUGUCUAAGGUAACUGAAACUGUACAGGGACCGAAUGAAUCUCCCGCCACUUUUCUAGAGCGCCUGUGUGAAGCCUACAGGCUCUACACACCCAUAGAUCCUGAUACGCCUGAGAAUCGGCAGGCAGUUAACAUCGCUUUCAUGUCCCAGUCGGCCCCAGACAUUAGAAAGAAAAUAUUAAAAAGCAUCGCAGUCCACAUAAGAAGACUGAAAAAAAGCGGAAUCUUAGUCCCUUGCCACUCCCCGUGGAAUACCCCAUUGCUUCCUGUACAGAAACCAGGAACGGAGGACUUUAGACCCGUUCAGGACUUAAGAGAGGUCAAUAAGAGGGUAGAAACUAUACAUCCCAAAGUGCCUAAUCCAUAUACCCUCCUGAGCCUGUUAUCUCCCCAUCAUCAGGAAUACAGAGUUCUAGACCUAAAGGAUGCCUUCUUCUCCCUGCCUCUGGCCUCAUCCAGCCAGCCCAUUUUUGCUUUUGAAUGGACAGACCCAGAUGAAGGGAAAUCAGGACAAUUGACCUGGACACGGUUACCCCAGGGGUUCAAAAAUUCCCCCACUCUGUUCAACGAAGCCCUCAACCAGGACUUGGGCCUGUUCAGGCAGGAACAUCCAGAAGUCACCCUACUCCAGUAUAUAGAUGACCUCCUCCUUGCCGCGGCAACCCAGAGCAAGUGUAGGGAGGCUACUGAAGCCCUGUUGAGAACCUUGGGAGAAAUGGGGUACCGGGUGUCUGCUAAAAAGGCCCAACUUUGCACCCCAAAAGCUACUUACCUGGGGUAUGAGCUCAGCGGAGGAAAAAGGACCCUGUCGGCUAGCCAAAUAUAGGCUAUCAUGCAAAUCCCCGUCCCCAAGACAAAGAAGCAGGUGUGGGAAUUCCUCAGAGCAGUAGGAUAUUGCCGCCUUUGGAUAUUAGGUUUUGCAGAAAUAGCAAAACCCCUGUAUACCUGCACCGGGGGAAAGACUGAGGAACUAAACUGGACUGAAAUUGAAACUAAGGCUUUUCAAAAUCUUAAGCAAGUCUUAGUCAGCGCACCAGCAUUAGUGCUGCCAGACCAAAAGCCAUUUCAGUUACAUGUGGCAGAGGCUCGGGGAAUCGCACAGGGGGUGUUAACCCAAUCCCUGGGACCAUGGAAAAGGCCUGUGGCAUACUUAUCCAAGCAGCUAGACCCUAUGGCUGCAGGGUGGCUGGGGUGUUUGAGACCAGUGGCAGCUACAGCUAUAUUGGUAAAGGAAGCCUCGAAACUCACCCUCAGGCGACUUGCUCCACAUUCUGUGGAGGCACUGUUGCGAAGCCCACUGGAGCACUGGCUCUCGAAUGCUCAGAUCACCCAGUAUCAGGUACUCUUGCUUGAUCCCCCGCGAGUCAGUUUUCUCAAAACAGCGACACUAAACCCUGCUACCCUGUUGCCUGAUAACGACCCCGAGAAGCCCCUCCAUGACUGCACUGAAACCCUGCCCUCACUCAAGAACCUUUGAGAGGACCUGACAGACCAGCCCCUGCCAGACCCUGAUGAGACCCUAUACACUGAUGGAAGCAGUUUUGUGGUCGAAGAGACCAGGUACGCAGGAGCAGCGGUCGUGACAGCUGACAAGGUAAUCUGGGCACAGGCACUGGGGCAUGGGACAUCAACUCAGAAGGCAGAGCUAAUAGCCCUCACCCAAGCUCUACGGUGGGGGAAGGGAAAGGCAGUGAAUAUAUACACGGACAGCCGAUAUGCAUUUGCCACUGUUCAUGUUCACGGGGCCUUAUACCAAGAAAGGGGACUCCUAACAUCAGGAGGGAAGGAAAUCAAAAAUGUACCAGAAAUCCUUACCCUCCUUGUGGCCCUUUGGAUGUUGAAGGCGGUGGCAGUCAUACACUGCAAAGGACAUCAGUCAACUGACAUCCUGGAGGCACAGGGAAACGCCUUCACAGAUAAAACAGCCAAGGAAGUCACCCAGAAACCAGUGGGGCCCCUCCAUAUUUUACCAGAGGUUACUGCGCUGGGGAAAAGACUCUAGGCAAAAGAAACAUCUGGAAGAUGGAAAGAAUUGCCGGACCAGAGGCUGCUCACUCCGGAGGCCCUGGGAAAGGAACUCAUUUCCCAGAUCCAUCAGAGUACUCAUCUGGGGGGAACCAAGCUGGUAGAACUGCUUAAACGAGAUUAUUAUAUUCCUAAGCUCUUUCAGGUCUCAAAGGACAUCGCAAGGAGAUGUCACAUCUGUGCACAGGUAAACCCCAGGAAGCAGUCCCCAUUAGUCGAGGGAACCAGACUCAGAGGGAAAAGUCCUGGAGAGCACUGGGAAGUAGACUUUACAGAAUUACCCCCAGGUCUGGGAGGAUAACGCUACUUGCUGGUUUUCGUGGAUACGUUCUCAGGAUGGCCAGAGGCUUUCCCUACCAAGUCUGAAACAGCACAAGUAGUAGUAAAGAAGUCAAUCUCAGAACUUGUCCCCAGGUUUGGCCUACCUGUUGCAAUGGGGUCCAACAAUGGCCUGGCAUUCAUUGCCCACAUCACUCAGUUAUUGGCAAAGAUACUAGGUAUAAAUUGGAAAUUACACUGUAUCUAUAGACCUCAGAGCUCUAGACAGGUAGAAAGGAUGAAUCGGACCUUGAAGGAAACCCUGACAAAACUAAAACUGGAGACUGGCAAAAACUGGGUAAGCCUCCUCCCUUUUGCCCUACUCCGGGCCCAUUGCACCCCGUAUGUAAAGGGCCUCACCCCUUUUGAGAUUCUGUUCGGACAACCCCUACCACUACUUCCCAAGCUAGGGGAAGAAAUAUUAGCAUCCCUUUCUAAUAAUAACCUCCUGAAGUCCUUACAGGCUUUACAGUUGAGCUACAGACUUAACCACCAGCUGGUCCAAGAGGCUCACUUAGACCCACCCUCCAGGACCGGGCCUGGACCACCUCUCUUUCAAUCGGGAGACCUGGUGUGGGUUCAGAGGCACGAGCCAUCAUUGCUGGAAGCCAGGUGGACUGGGCUCUUCACUGUCAUCCUCAGCACCCCAUUGGCUAUAAAGGUUGCCAGAAAGAGACACUGGAUUCACCAAACUCAAGUAAAAAAGGCGAAAUCCGAGGACCCCACUGAAUGA